AAAAAAUACUACAUAUUGUAGAAUGAAGGCUCGUUUUCCUUGCUAUACGAUGGAAAAUGUAAGACUUCGUUGAUCUUAAUGAUUUCAACUAUUUAUAUGUGACGGUGUACGACGACGAAAUGGCCAUUCCAACGAAAACAAGAUGUAAGAAAGAGGAAAGUAAAUUUGAGUAUAUCACAGAGAAUCCAUUAAAAUUGAGUGACCUAGAGCUAGACAAGUGUCUUAAACGCAAGUUACUUGUCCAGUUAAAAUUGCUGCCCACAAAUGUGAACAGAAAAAGGGCAAAAAAGUUCGUCGUCAGUUUGAUCAAGGCCAUUGACUACAAAGGCGGCCUUCUGAUCGAGCUUGAUGACCACGUCGCUAAUCUCAUUGGAAGUGAAGUUCUCAUGUUGAAGCAAAAAGUCACAAUGGUAAUAAAGGCCUCACAAUUUGAAGAUUUAAAAGAGGAAUACAAGCAAUCGGAAAGCGUCUAUUCAAACUUCAAGUAUUUUGUUGUAGUUGAUGACAACAGUGAGCUAAAGGUGGAAUUAACCGAAAAUGAAAAAUUAUACAGAUGUGAACUAAACAUCUAUGGAAGUAAAAGGCGAACCUUUCAACGUAACUCCUUACAUGAAAUCGCUAGUGCUUCUCAUCUCAAAGGCAAGGACAAUGUUGACAGCUCUGAAAAAAACAACGAUCCCAGUUUAGAUGACGAUGAUGAUGAUGAUUGUGACGACGAUGAUGACGAUGACGACGAUGAUAAUGACGAAGAUGAUGAUGAUGAUGAUGAUGAUGACGAAGAGGACGUUGAUAAAGAAUAUAUUGACUAUGUUAAACUAGUCUUCGGGGAACGUAAAGGGCAAGUACAAUUUAAUUGAUUUCACAGAUUACGAACUUAUGGUAAAGUUUUACAGUAAUAUACUAAUGAAUUUUGUUACUAAAGAAGCUCCGUCUUGGCAGUACCAAAAAGGAAUAAUCUGUUCGUUUCUAACAAAAUAAUAAUAAUUGUAUUGUAGUAAAAAUUAAUAGUAUCAAAAGCCCAUAAUAAUGAGGCAUCUUAAGCUUUAAAAAA